AUGGCGGAACAACUUAUCCUCAAGGGCACCCUCGAGGGCCACAGCGGCUGGGUCACCUCUCUCGCAACUUCUCUUGAGAACCCAAAUAUGCUCUUGUCUGGUUCCCGCGACAAGUCCCUCAUCAUCUGGAACUUGACCCGGGAUGAGACUUCAUACGGAUACCCAAAGAGAUCUCUCCACGGACACUCCCACAUUGUUUCUGACUGUGUGAUCUCUUCCGAUGGUGCUUACGCUCUUUCCGCAUCCUGGGACAAGACUCUCCGCCUUUGGGAGCUUGCCACUGGUACCACCACCCGCCGAUUUGUUGGACACACCAACGACGUCCUCUCCGUUUCCUUCUCUGCCGAUAACAGACAAAUUGUCUCCGGAUCCCGCGACCGUACAAUUAAGUUGUGGAACACUCUCGGUGACUGCAAGUUCACCAUCACUGAGAAGGGACACGCCGAUUGGGUUUCAUGCGUUAGAUUCAGCCCUAACCCACAAAACCCAGUCAUUGUCUCCUCUGGAUGGGACAAGCUCGUCAAGGUCUGGGAGCUCAGCUCUUGCAGAUUGCAAACCGACCACAUCGGACACACCGGUUACAUCAACACCGUCACCAUCUCCCCAGACGGAUCCCUCUGCGCUUCCGGUGGAAAGGACGGAACCACCAUGUUGUGGGACUUGAACGAGUCUAAGCACCUCUACUCCUUGAACGCUGGUGAUGAGAUCCACGCCCUCGUUUUCUCCCCCAACAGAUACUGGCUUUGCGCCGCCACCUCCAGCAGCAUCAUCAUCUUCGAUUUGGAGAAGAAGAGCAAGGUUGAUGAGUUGAAGCCAGAGUUCCAAGCUGUUGGCAAGAAGAGCAGAGAGCCAGAGUGUGUCAGUUUGGCAUGGAGCGCGGACGGACAAACUUUGUUCGCAGGUUACACAGAUAACAUCAUUCGGGCUUGGGGUGUUAUGUCGAGAGCGUAA